UGACAAGUCCAACUGACUAGUGCACUGUUGUAGCGUGGUGACAUCGUUCACGAAGGGAAUUAGUUUCAGAUCCUUACAAACGCAGUUCAUGUCUAGCAUAUCAGCUACGAAGACGCUGAACCCUAGUGUUAAGAAAGCAUUCGGUACAUUCUCCACUAAGUGAGCAAAUGACAAUUUCUACUUCUAACCAACUUCCUCAUCUUCGUGACACGGGUUGCUGGGAUUGUCAUCCGGGCGACUGCUGCAUUUCCCAGCAAACCUGACAAAAUGGCUCUGGUGGGAGGAGACUGGACGUAAUAAUGGAAAUAUUUAAAUAUUGUGUACACCAUGUCGUCUUCGCCAGCUAAUGCGAAAAUGAAACGGUUCACUUUAAGAGGUGUACUUGAUGGACUUCGGUCAUCAGUCAGUGCUCCAACGAAGAGUGAUACAGAGAUUGAGGAGACUCUGCGAUCCGAACAUUUCCACAUCUGCAAGACCGUGCGACAUGGAUUUCCCUACCAACCGACCUCUGUGGCAUUUGAUCCCGUACAGCAUAUUUUAGCCAUCGGCAACAAAACUGGGUCACUUAGGAUCAUUGGACGGCCUGGUGUAGAUAUACACUGCACACAUGAUGGAGAAGUAGCCAUCUUCCAAGUGCUUUUUCUGAUCAACGAGGGUGCUCUUGUAACAGUGUGUUCAGAUGACACACUACAUUUAUGGAACUAUCGACAGAAAAAACCUGAGAUUGUUCAUUCUCUCAAGUUUCAGAGGGAAAGGAUAACAUACUGCCACUUGCCAUUCCAGAGCAAGUGGUUAUACAUUGGUACAGAGCGUGGCAAUGUACAUAUUGUCAACAUCGAGUCUUUUGUUCUCUCUGGUUACGUCAUCAACUGGAACAAAGCCAUUGAACUGUCACGCAAAACACAUCCUGGCCCUGUUGUCCAUCUUAGUGAUAACCCUGUUGAUUCAAACAAGUUGUUGAUUGGGUUUGAGUCUGGUGCCAUUGUCAUGUGGGAUCUUCGCAGCAAAUCUGCUGAUUGUCGUUUCAGUUCUCCAGAGGCCCUAAGGUCCAUUGCUUGGCAUCAUGAGGGCAAGCAGUUUAUUUGUAGCCAUUCUGAUGGUAGCUUAAGCACAUGGAAUGUAAAAGCACCACAUAAAGCUGCAAGCAUUUUGAUGCCUCAUGCUAAAAUAGGUGCUGAUGGAAAGCCAGAUCCAUGCAAACCUAUUGCAAAGGUUGCAUGGAAGUCUGUACGAAAUGGGGAGGAUAUGAUAAUCUUCUCAGGAGGGAUGUCAUAUGAUCGUUCAGGUCGCACACCUAGCAUUACAGUAAUGACUGGCAAGAGCACAACAGUGCUGGAGAUGGAGCACAGUGUUGUUGACUUUGUUACACUAUGUGAGACACCAUGGUGCAGUGAUUUCCAAGACCCAUAUGCUAUUGUUGUACUCUUACAAAAUGACCUGGUUGUUGUGGAUCUCACAACACCUGGGUAUCCCUGCUUUGAGAAUCCAUAUCCCAUGGAUCUUCAUGAAUCUCCUGUUACAGCCUGUCAGUAUUAUGCUAACUGUCCCACAGACCUCAUUCCUGCUUUCUACUCUGUUGGUUCAAGGCAAAAGAAAACAGGAUUCAGUGAAAAGACAUGGCCAAUUAAUGGUGGUCAGUGGGGGACAUCAACGGUGAGCUACCCUGAGAUUAUGAUCACUGGUCAUGCAGAUGGCUCACUGAAAUUUUGGGAUGCAUCGUCAGUGUCAUUACAGAUUUUAUACAAACUAAAAACUGCCAAAAUAUUUGAGAAACCAAAGCGAGCAGCAGAUAUGCCAGAUGAUGACCCCUUUGCCAUUCAGAUCAUCUAUUUGUGUCCAGAGUCUCGCAUUCUGUGUGUGGCUGGAACUACACAUAUUAUGCUUUUCCGCUUUUCUCGGCAGGAACUUACCUUGGAAGUGACUAGUUUAGAGUUUUCCAUUGUAUAUGAGAUAUUUGAUGAGCUGGAUUCACCUGAAUUUGAGUACCCAUGUCUGCCUAACCCCAGCCUUGGGGUGACAGCACAACAUAGCAGUAGUAUGGGAUCAUACUCAUCAAACACAUCAGACAGUGCAAAGGUAGAACAGCAUACCUUGGUGAAAGUGCGACCUGGGUCUCGCAAGUGGACAGCAGGUUAUCAGGCAGACUUGGUGUGUAUACUCUGCUUUAUAGAGGGCGAGCCACCAGGAAGCAUAACUGUCAUGUCACUCAACUCAUCCUAUGGCCUGAUGGCCUUUGGCAAUGAAUCAGGUCUUGCCAUUGUUGAUUUUGUCCAAAAGACAUGUUUGCUGAAUCUUGGCACACCUGAUUUGUAUGGCUCAAUGGACCCCUAUCAAAGAGCACCACGAUCACCACGCACCAAGAAGCCUUCUGGUGAAGGAGUCAGUCAAGGCUCAGAGGAGGGGAAAUCUCCAACAACAGAUCAGUUGCCCUGUGUUCAAAGUCCUGUGUCAAAGGUCCCUCCUCCCUUAAUCCCUCCACGGACAAAACGUAAACGUGCCAAAGAACUUCUGUCAGUUGGGGAGAGCCAGUCCACAGACACUUCUGUCCAGCAGAUUCUGACUUCACCAGCAUCUCCUGAUCAGGAACAUGAUGAUAAUGUGUUUGUCCCCAUCAAAAGUCCAACUCAUCCUCCAGCAGAAGGUGAUGCAAACAAUAACCCUGCUUCUAUAGUGGCGGCUAUAGGCUUGAUGGUUGAUACAUGUGCUGAGCAUGUCCCUAAUCCCUUGACUCUGUCUGUGCAAAAUGCAGCACAUGUGGUUCAGAAAAGCAGCAGUACUGGCAGUGUCAGUUCAGAUGCCAUGGAUGGUAAAACUAGGGCAGAUGAAGCUCACUCGGACAAUGUAGUCACAUUAAGAGCUAAGCCUCGCCAUAAAAAAAAUCCAAACAUGCGGCGGUCAUCUUCUGAUCCAGACGUGAAUCAUCAGUGUAAACUGUCCAUUGCAUUACAUGAUCACAAGAAACUCCAAAAUGCCAAAGAUAAUAGUUCCAUCACCAGAAACAGACAGACAGAGGAACAAAGACUAGAGAGAGCAGGGGAAGCCAGUGAGCUCAGCCCACGGCAUAGCUCGGCAGAGGAUGGAAGAAAUUCAACGUCAAGAUCAAGCAGUCCCAGAAAUAAACACCCUGAUAACAGAGAAUUUUCAGGGGACUACAGCAAACAAGCAGACUAUUCUACUCCAGCAAGCACCAGUGAUGAUGAAUUGGAUGCAGCAACUCACAGGAAGAGCAGACCUGCUGAACAGGCCGACACCCAGCACAGUAAAAGUUUUUUACACAGAUUUAGUGUUAAGAUCCGCUCAUCUUUAGGUGCUAAGUCCAAAACUCUUGAAAUUGAAGGUGAUGCAGAAGCAAGAGUGACCAGAGAGAGAUCUAAAAUGAUGAAAGAGAAGAUAAUAAAAGUGAUAGAUCUCAGUGAAGAAAACCAGUCAAAACCUACUGUUCGAAGAAUGAGUGUGGCUGAGAUGUGCCAGUUGAGGAAAGGGGAUAGAAAUGAUGGCUCAUCCUUCUCUCGCUCACGCAGUUCCAGCAUAAAUAGUCUUGAUAAUGUUACCCGUGAGGCCAUCCAGUGUCUAGUCUUCGCUGAUUCCUACACACGCAAAACAGACAAUCUGACGUGCCCUUGCUUAUGGGUGGGGACCAGUCUAGGCUCAGUAAUUGUCAUCAACCUCAACCUGCCAGGUUUGAAUGGUGAUCAACGUUUGCAGCAGCCUGUCAUUGUUUCUCCUAGUGGGACAAUAUUUCGUUUGAAAGGUUCUAUUGUGGGUAUGUCAUUUCUUGAUUGUAAUGGAAUUCUCAUCCCAACAAUGUUUGACUACUGGAAGGAGGGGGGUACUGGUGGGGGUGGCACUGUAUCAGGAAUAGCAGUUUAUGGACGUGAUGUCAGAGAUCUGCGAGAUGACAAGUCCCUCAAGACACCACGACAAUUAUCUGUCUCAACUAAACCUAAGAUCUCGCCAACAUCAUCAACAGAAGUUGCAGACAGGCAGUUUGUCAUCAUAUGCUCUGAAAAGCAGGCUCGGGUGAUGUCUCUUCCUUCUCAGACAUGUGCAUACAAAGUGAAAAUCACAGAGACAUCCUUUGUGGUUCGAGCAGAAAUUGUGGCUUUGAAAGACAGUGUGUGCCUGAUGUGUUAUGUUGCCAAUGGUCACAUAAUGGCCUUCAGCCUGCCUAGCCUCAAGCCUCUUUAUGAUGAGGAUUUUCUUCCUCUUACAGACUACAGAGUGGCACGCACAUUCUGCUUCAGUAACAAUGGACAUGCACUUUACUUGUGUUCUCCAACUGAGGUGCAAAAGAUAACAUACUCAGCAGAAAUUGCGGAGAACCUCAGUGAAAUGCUUGGCGAUCUUUUCCUGCCAUGUGACACACCAGAAGCUCCAAAGCAAGGCUUCUUUAAAAAUCUCUUUGGUGGUGGUCCUUCAGGGCUGGACCGCGAAGAACUAUUUGGUGAAGCAAGUGGCAAGGCAUCCAAAGGACUUGCCAAGAUCAUUCCAGGGGCAGGGGGUAUGCAGCAGCUUCAUCAGCAGGCUGGUGCAGUGGGCGGGGAUUUUGCACGUACUCGGAUGCUGGUGACAGAACGUGGAGAGAAGCUUGGGGACUUAGAUGAUCGGUCAGCACAGAUGAUGAACCAAGCUGAGAACUUUGCCCAGGUAGCCCACCAGAUAAUGCUCAGAUACAAAGAUAAAAAAUGGUAUCAGUUCUAGAACUUUGGCUUCAACACCUAUGAGGUGGGACUAUCAGCUGCCAUGCAUCUCCAAACCUUCACCCGGCCUGAUCAAAUUUCCACUGAGGCGUCCACUUGCUAAGGCAGUGUCUCCUGCAGUAGUGUGGGUGUGUGGACAUUGUGGAAGGAGGGCCAUCAUACUUGGCCAGCUUAAAGGAAGCAGAUCUCCUAAAUGGAUAGAGCUAAACUGCAACAGUCUGUGGCUGUUAGAAGGCUAGGCUUGUUUCUUUACUCAGGCCUCAGCCCAUGAGAAGUCAGGAAAAGUGUCAUCACAUGUGCGCUUAUGGAGAAAAUUGGCAGAAGAAAGUUUUUUUAAAGGAAAAAAUCCAAUGUAAUAGCAAGAGGUAACAAUCUGCCACUGAAAAAACAAUUUAUGGUGAAGAGGAGAAAGUGAAGAGUGCAAUAUUCAUGUUGUCUGACCUCCAGAGCACAUUGUCUGGUCUGUCAUGCAUCCUGUUAAGCUGCUGUCCUUAGUGGUAGUAGUGGUGAGAGAGUCAGUGAGGAGACCUAUGUGAACAUAGUAGAGUCUGCAGGCUGAAUGCUGCCCUUCUUACAUACUGUGUCCUGCUACUUGGCUGGAGCUUUGUUUGCUGCAGAAGGAGCUGAAUCAUACUGUGAUGUUCUUUCUUUCCAUGCCUCUCAUUCUGCCACAAGAACCACUCAUAUCACCAGUUAUUGUCGACAACACUUGUGAGUGUCACUGUGGCUUUGUACCCCAGUGUCACAACAAACUUGAAUACUUGCUGAACCUGUCACAGCAAACUUUAAUACUUGCACAGCCCAUCACAUUCCCUCUUGCUAGACAAGAUUCAUUGCAAGGUUUUGUCUUAUCUGCAUUCUAAGUAAUAUUUAUAUAUGUAUUCUUUUAUCCUCAGCUACAGGUCCUCCCUUUUUUUAGGUUGAAUGGUCUUUGUGCGAGAGAAAGAGAGAAAGCAUGCACCUAUAAAAACAUGCACUGGUUACCAGGUUGCCAGUUGUGAUUCCCCACUUCCUACCAUGUAAAAAUAAAAAAUUCAUGCCUGUAUGUUUUUUUUUUAACACCAGCAAAAGCUUUUGAUAGAGUUGGGACUUCUUUAAGAAACUGACUUGAAAGAUUCUAUGAAUCCGAUAUUUGCGGAUUGCUUCAGAUGAAUUUUGAACACUUUUAGCAGCAUUGGAAUGUAGUAGUUAGUAGUUGAAAAUAGUCUUUUAUCAAUUUGAAAACUGCUUGUAUUGGAUGAUGUAACCUACAGGGAUGGAGAUGUAUGAAAUCAGAUUUGUUUGAUAGCCUGUUCUCAGAGGAACAGCUGUCUAGCAGAUUUUUAAGCAUCUUUAUGUUACUUUUCUCUUGUUUUAAGGGCGGGUAUGUUUUGUAUUUUGGCUGUUUCCUUAGUGAAAUUCAAGAGGGGGUGGGUGCCUGUGUAACAUUCCUACAGAGACCAAUAGUUUGAUUAUAGUAUGAGAAUGUUGCCAUAAAGAUUGUUGAAAGGUUUGCUGUCAGUUGAUUGAAAUGCAAAUGAUUGUAUAAUUUGUAGAUAUAUAUAUUGUAUAUUUCUAAAGGUUUUAUUGCUGUAUAUUUGCCUGUUCUCUUCCUCCUGUCCUCUUAUCUUAUUUAUAAACGUUUGGUAUUAGGUGCUGCCCUGUCAUCAAGUAGGUGAGGCAUGAUUAUAACCUCACCUGGAAUAUAUGUCUGGUGUGUGUGUGCGCAUGCAUAUGGGUGCCAUUGGGUGUUCAUACAUGCACAGUUAUAUUAUCUCCCUUGAUUGUCCACAAAUGAAAUAUUGUUAGUUUGCGUUGCUACUUAACACUCUCCAUUUUUGCUUUUCCUACAUGUGUUGCUAUGACGUGAUAUUUGUUUGACAAAACUGUGCCUCAGUUUCUAGACACAGGUUAUUCUGUAUGUGGUAAAUAGUAUUUUGACUAGAAGUACAUCUCUCUUGUGAUUCUUAGCAAGUUUAGCCUCCCCACCCACCCACCCUUCCAAAGAAAAAGUAUCAGCCAACAUGUGAAAAUACUGUUAUAAAAUAUUUGUCUUAUUUCAAAAAUAAUUUAAAACAACUCAGUGUUCUAACUUUGCUCAAGAUGUUCUGAUACUGUGCACAUUCUUUGUUGUGAUAUCUACAUUAUUUUAUGACAACUAGUGGAAUGAUUAGUUGUUAGCUAUUUGUGUUGGCUUCAAACCCCAUCUUUCCAGGUUGCACACGUUCAUUCUCAGUGUUUCUCUCACUUUUCUCCUUACAUUGACUACUGAACUGUGCUGUUUGCUGACCAUUGUCUGAAUCUUACAAAACUUUGCUGAGACACAGCCCAGUCUGGCAGUAAUUUACAGUAACAGUACAUAUUUGAUAAAUUCUCCUUUCAAAGUGAUGAAAAUAAAUAGAGAAUUAAAACUACAGUUAAAAAAGAAUGAGAUGCAUGGAAACAAAAUCCUUGGGGCUAAUGGGGCUUUUUUUGGGCGUGUGAAGAACAGUGUAUCCAGUCAUAUGAUACUUUAAAAAAAAAUCUCAUCUGUUAUCCAAUUGAUUCUUCAUUCUCCUGGUUGAUAAGUCUCAUGAACAAAGCUGUUGUCCAUUCUACUAACUUGAGAGGUGUGAAGGGGAUUUGCAGUUAACACACCACCUGCGUCACAGUAAGAUGUGAACAUGAGGCUGUAAAUGGGAUGCAGUCUGCAAUGAUUGUAAACAGUCAUAAACAGUCCUGGCAUUGUUUACUGGAAAAGUUACUUAGGUGGAGAUAAGUCUGUUUUCACUUCUAUCAUAAGUUGCAUUUAAGAAUGCUGUUCUAAUGUGUUAAUCUUUGUUCCUGUAUUUACUUUUAAUUUUUGAGUCUUAAAAACAUGCUCCGUCAAUGAUAUUUGUAUUUUAUAAUGCAAAGAUGAUAACCAUACCUUUCUUUAAAGCAAAAUGGAAAAGUUGCGAUUACCAACAGUUAAAACCUUUGAAAGCGAAGGAGGGUUACGCAACAAAACAACUGUGGUAGCAUAGGAAUGACUAAGAGUGAUAGAGCAGAUGCCCAGACCUUGAAUCAGCAAGUCCCAGAUGAUAGCAGGCAGCCCAAGUCAUGGGCAAGGAGCCAUUGAUAGCAAGAGCCCAGGACUAAUACUGACACUAGAAACCACCGAAGCUAGUUGAUUAAGGUGGCAUCAGGACUUCAAGCUUAUUAAUCUGUUAGUUUAGUUUACCCAUUAAAAUAUAUGAAACGGUCAUAUAUGAAACAUAUAAAAAAGGAAUGUUAGUUUAAUAAUGUUUGUGGGUUUUUUUUGAACAGACAGUUGCAGAUUUUGUAGGGUAGGUGGUUCAGUAUGAAUUCCAGUCCAGAAGUCAGUUAACACAGUUUGUGGUCAUCAGAAAACUAAUAAUGGUUACAAGGAGAACAACAUUGGUGGUAAAGACUUUGCACGGAGAGUUUGCUAACUACUUGUUAAAGCCCAGAAUUUUAUAACUUACAGUAAACUAUGGAUCCCAAGAAAUAUUAGCCAAGGAGAUGCUAGCAGCUAUACCCUAAAGCAGUGGUUCUCAAAGUAUUUGGCGGACAUUUGACGACUGUCAGCCGCGGACCAGCUGACUUAUGCCCGCGGACCACACUUUGAGAACCACUGCUCUAAAGAACACCAGCUGAGAACAUUGAUAGCAGAAGUCAUGCAAACAAAACUUGAUUGGCUUAGAAUUAAUAGCUAUAAUGGUGCAGGAACAGAGCACGUAUAAUUGUGCUGGUAGUGAAAAACCCCAGGAAAUCUUAAAAGCUCUGCGAGUCCUCACUGUGAUAAGAAAUUUCUUGGUACACCCAAGACACUUGUCUAGCACUAGCAAUAAUUAGUAUUCUUGAGUCUUAACAACCUUAAAUUAUGAAUGAACAAUAUAGUUAUGAAUCCCACACUGUAAACAAUGGUUUCUGCUUAUCAAGAUGAGAAGGACUUUUUUCCUCUGGUGUGCUGCAACAGGUACAGAUUGAUAAAAUAAUGACUGGUAGAAAUAUAUCAAUCCCUCCCUUUUCUAAUUUGUGUCAUUUAAUAGUUUGCUUACAGUCAUUGCUCCGUCAACCAAAGGAGCCAUUGAUAAUGCUGCAAGAGCUGUCUCAAGAAGCACAUUGUGAUAGGCUUUUUUACUGGUAGCCAUAUUCCUGUACUUUAUCUUUGAUAAAAUGUUAUUUAUUUUUAACCUUAUUCGAACUUGAUUGGUGUCCUUCCUCUCCUUAUGACAGACACACUUCCUACUUUCAUAGACUGCAACAUUCUGGGAUUGUAAACCCACAGUUUAAAAUAAAUGUUGUCAGAUUUGAUACUAGGUUGCAGGGACUGGAAAGCUUAGACAUGUGUUACUGGUGUCAAGUAUUUUUUAGUGAAGAUAAAAUCAUUUGUGUUGGACUGUAGCUAGCAGUUAGAGGGGCUAUAGCACUGUCUGUAGACUGAGUUGUCCUUGUGAUAGACUUGAUGAACCUGUCAUACUGCUGAUCUCAUGGAGUAGCACCACAUCCUGCCUGUGUCUGCCUGUACACAUGUCACUGGUAUUGGUCCAGCAUGUCAUUUUGUCUAGCCUGCCCAAGUGGUUUUUUUCUAAUUUUAUACUUGAAGUGUUGUGUGGUAUGUUGUCACCUGUACAGAAAGACAAUAUGUGAUAUGUUGCAAGUCUGAUUUUGUUUGAUUUUUUCAUUGUAUUUUUUUGUAUCCUAUGUAAUCAUUGUUUGUUUGUGAUAUUAACAAUACCACUAUGUGCAAGACAGGGAUGAUCCUAUGCUGUUCAAAGCAUGUCUUUAAUUUUCUGCAAAUACUGUAUUGUAACAGUGACUUCCACUCCUCCACCCUUUCUCAGAUCCUACUUUGCUGAUACCAUGCCCAAGCUUGUAUUCAGGUUGAAAAAACUGGAAUAUGAACGAAUAUAAAAUCCUCUUGGAGGUUUUAUGUUUUCUUGGUAGCUUUUUUCCUUCUUUUAUUUUUGCUGUAGCUUGGGUAAGCUAUUUGUAUAUAGUGCUGAAAGGUUCUGAUGUAUGAACAUGAUGAGAGUUGUAAGUAGGUGUGGUUACAAUAUUGACAUUAUUACUGGAAGGUGGUACAAAUUCUUGUAGUGUUUUGAAGGGCUUGGCACAGCUCACAUACCGUAAUUUGUGCUGUGACAAACAUCUACUGUUGUUAAUGCUGGCAGGUCGCUUCUGUACCAGAUCAAAGAUGAUUAAAUUUAAGAAAAUAUUUGAGGGAUUUCAAGCCUAUGUUGCAGCAGAGUGGCCAAGGAGAACAGAAAAAUUCAGACCUACUUAGAAAGAAGCCUGUUGCUGAUGGAUUACAUGUCCAUGUUAGUGAAAAUGUCAUUUGCAUUUUGACAACACCAGGAGUUUUCAUACACUAUUUUUGAUUCAAAGUUUUAUGUCUUUAUUUUCAUUAUCUUUUUCUACAUUUUGUAUUGUGAUAAAAUAUUUCAUUCUAAAACUUAAUUUAUGAUCUCAUAAUUUUUUUAUGCUGUUCUGUUUGCAAAGGUUUUGAGUGGUGGCAAUUUACCAAUAAGUUGUCACAGCCCCAAGUAGUUGUAUUUGGGGAAUCUUGUGGUUGCAGCUUGUACCAAACUUGCAGCAUCAUGCAGUUAGUGGGUUUGUGAGCUUUGUCCAGGCGUAUUAGAGAAGGUCUGAGAUGGUGGAGCACACAAGAGUGAAUCAUAAGAAUUGGGUUGACAGUGUCAGCAUUUGUGUAAGAUGGUGUCAGCAGGUGCAGCAUAUUUGACAGCAUCUAAUUUUUGAGUUUAGCUGACACAUACUGCUUAGCAGCCUGCAGGUUUUUUUUGUCUGUACCAAGUUGAUGUGGGGUAGAAAUGUCCUUGUGAUUUUAAGUUGGUACAUUGUGAGGUCAUGCCUUUUUAUGUCAAACCUUUGUGUAACAGAGUCACAUGACCUGCUUAUGACAUGGGCAUUGUAAUUCUGUUCGGCUGUAAUGAUACCACAUACCUUGGUUGUCAGGUCAUGGGGCAUUACCUCCAAAAAAUUUUUUUUAAUCAUUUGCCUGCCUACAUCCAGUCUAGAUGUCAUAUAGUAUAUAGUAAUAUAAUGUGACAUUAAUAUCACAUAUUUUCAGAUCAUUGUAACUUAAUUUUGGCAUCGUUCAGAUACCACUUUUCAAUCACUGCUAACAUUAGAUUUCUCAUUUUUGGGGGCAUUAGUUUAAUGUCAGUGCCACUGGGUUAUCCCACCUGUAGUAGAGGUGUGGAUGGGUCUGUAAGUUAUGAGGAGAAUAUUAGUGGCAUUUAUAAGUUUGUUUGUGUUAGACUGUAUGAUCAGGCCAGCAUGCAGCUUGUCAGAAGUUAAAUGUCAGACUGGGUGGUGAGAUCACGAUGUCUUAAUCAGCUAAUCUCAGUAGGCAGCUUGCAGCUUAGGAUCAAAACGUGCAAAGCUAGGGGAAAGGAAGGGCAAGUUUAGAGUCCAUUCAUAUUGACCUGAAGGGAGGGGUAAAGGUCAAUCCUGAGUUUUGAAUGUGUAUGCUGAUAUUGCUCGAUACACAUAAAUUUUAACCAAAGUUAUCAGUCGACACACACACGUGCUUUCUCAUCACAUGCCCGAAGGAAAGUGAUGAAAGAUGAGACGUCAACUGACCAUCAAGGAGUUAGUCAUGUUGACUGAGUGCAGGAACACCUUGAGUUGGGGUAGGAGGCGCUGUCAGGCACAUCACUUGCUCACUGGUCAUGCUGUCUUUUUUGUUCACUCGCUGCUUAACAGGUGUUGCCGACAAGAAACGUGAAUGCAACAUCAGUCACAAUAUCUUUUGUCAAUGUUGAUAGUGCAGCAAAUGUCACACCAUUGUCUAGUAUAGUCGCGUGCCCAGCUCCAAGGACUUGUAUCCCAUAGUCCCAUGCUCACUCUGUGGAUUGGGGAAGGGGGAGUCUGUCCAUAACGAUAUCAUCUUUCUUUGCCACCUUGGGUACUGUGCAUUGUAACCAUUAUCACCACCAUCAUCGUUCUUACAAUAGACAGCUGACAGGGCGGUACUAGAAAGCCAACUGAGUGGAGUGGUGGUGCUUGUUAUCUGCUUGUCAUACCCUAGGAGACUGACAGGUGAUGGCCACAGUGCACGAGUCUCACAGCUGUCGUGUUGUGAGUGGGUUGUUGCGGCGUGACUAGAUAUCCGUGUCCUUGUAAGACAAGCUGCAGACAUGGAGGCUGCUCUUCUCUUGCUUGCAAUUUUCUAAGAGCCUAUUACAGACCUUUCUUGGGGUGGCCAAAUGACACCACCGACCUUUGACCUUUGCCUGUCUUAGCUUUUUCUACAAAAAAAAUCCCCCAACAAACUCUCAGCUCCUAUUGACUGGUUUUAUUUAUUGUUUUGCAAUAACCUUUUAAUGUCAUGUUGUGUUUCAUGUUUUGUGCAAUAACUAUUUUUGGAGGUGGGCUUCACUUCUUGUAGUCAAGAGUAAUCUUAUUCCUAGCAAAUGAUGGUCUAGCCAAAUGAGAAAUAUAUUAAUUUGUUUUACCA